CCCUUGCACGGAGAGCCUUAACACCUACUGCAACCAUGGAGAAAUAAAACCAUGCUGCAACAAAUUGUCUCUUGGAGUCCACAUUUUAUUACUUAAGUUGGGUGAUACGUCUUUAUUAAUCCUCGAGUGUAAAUUACUAAUUUAUAAACAAUGUCUCUUUGAUAAUCAGUGCGUUUUAUGAAUGGCGGAGCAAUAUAUUUACUCACGGCUUUGUGGCUGUGGGCGUUGGGUGUUAUCAAACUCUCCAGAGUGCGGUCUUUUGUUACUACUGCGAACUGAGCAACACACAGCCAUGGACUUUUCGAAUUUCUUUGUGGUGUUGGUCGUCGUAAUCCUUGCGGUCAUUGGACCUCAACCUUGGCCCGCCAAGUCUCUUGACCAAACAAGAAGUGAGACGUACGAAGCACCGAUGCGAGUGACUAAAAAGACGGUUUACCUACAGAGUGGCCGUGCCUACCACCUGUCAUGUCCAGCCCUAUCACAAGGCAAUACCGUGUCAGUCAUCAGCUGGUACCGAGGACAGAGUUGGGAUGUUUCCUCGCGAAAAAACAUUCUCUGGCGCAUUUAUCGCGGUGAUGGCCAGAACUCUACAGACGGAGACCGAUACCAGAUUUCACCAGUCUACGGAAUCAUAAUUGAUCCAGUGUAUGUGAAUUACACUGGUAGGUACUGGUGUAGAGUGAUGUGUUAUAGUUCUACCGCCACAAUCUCCGAAGACUAUCUGGAUGUUUUUGUAUUAGAAAAGACAUUUCCUGAUAACGAGUCGAUCGUUAAUGAGACGGCCACAUCGAUGGACAUCCAGGGUCGUAACACGAUCAACUGCUCACUUCUGCCUCAGCUGCAAACCCCGACAGACUUAAUAACAGUGUACUGGACAAUCAAAACAUCAGAUGGUCCAAGUCUGGACAUCAUUGUCGCCAAGUUUCCUGAUGGAGUGAUCAAGUCAGCUCUGGAAUAUGAUCAGACACAUAGCCUGACUGACAAGGAUGUGUUAAAAGUGCAUAGAUUCUCCAAACGACAAGAGACGUACUGCUGCCAUGUGUUUGAACAAGGAAGGGACCUAAAGACAGCUUGUGUUGAUGUAACUUGGUUGGCUCUGGCGACCGAGAAGUGUCCAGCCAUCGAAGGUUUUGAGCCAACAAAUGAUGACUGUGCUGUUAAUGUGGCACCGCAUGAAAAGUAUCAGAGAUUUGAUUGCUCUAUAAGUGCGGUCUACCCAAAGCCAGCCCUCAACUGGUCCUUCUCAGACUGUAUGGGGACCCCAACAUUCUUCACAAAAUCAAUAACCACCGAGAACCAGACCACUAAAACUUUGAGCGUGAAGUCCUCAAUUUACAUUGUCGAUUUCGAGCCAUCACUAUAUGGUUGUCGUUUCAAGUGUACCGCCGGUGGUCAGGCCAUUACAGAUCAAACAAGCUCAUCUGUUGUUACUUUUAGUGUUACAAGUGGCACAGAAGCUCCGACCCUUUCACCUGUCUCUCCUAAUGAGAAUUCCUGCAUUUGCGACUGCUCUUUUGUGGUAGCAGUGAUUUUAGUGCUUUUCGUCGUCCUGUUGAUUUAUCCCAAAAGCAAUGCGUUUAUUCAACGCAUAUUAGAUAAGAUCCGAACAGCUGGUCGCUGUAUUUUUCAAAAGGUCCGUAUGCACUGUCGUGUAGACGAAGGAAUAACUCAAGAGGAGGAAUAUCAGGCUGGUGGGGGAAAUCAUACAACAGUGGAUAUACACCUAGAAGAUGCGGAAACCGAUGACGCCAGUAUAGCAGAGGAAGAGUUCCAAGUGGAUGGGGGAAAGACGAACGCCAUUAUGACAGGUUUGGAAGGAGAACCCAUGCUGAGGAAAAUCAUUCCCUCUGGCAGCGUCGUGCACACAACAAAAGGACUCUGAAUUAAAGGAGACGUUCAAGGGAACCCUUAAUCUGAGGCUGCACAGAACAAGAGAAGUGUGAAUAUUCGAGGAUCAAAAACGUUAUCUGCAUGUACAUUAGUGACGCAGGAGUCAUUGAUGUGACGGGCUGGAGAUACUUAAGACGCUUGAGCCUAAAAAGGCGCAAUCCAGGACGUUAUUAUCUUUUAACAAUGUGGAAUAAGAUCACCCAGCGUUUUAGCAAAAGUUCUGUUUUUCUAAUUACUUUGUUCUGCUUUUGUUUUGACUUUUUUUCUCAUUUAUGUUUCUCUAUGCAUUUUGUUUCAUUAAUUCACUUCAAGUAAAAGUAGUAGAGUGAAAGCAUUACUAUGGCAGUAACGAUACAACCCGGAAGUAUCUAGAGCAUGUCAUAGUGUAUUCUGUGAUUCAGUUGUAGCUUACUUCUGUGUUUUUGUUGAAUUACAUUACUAUAUAUAACUUACGCAAAACUGAGAAAUUGAGAAUUGAAAAGAUGCUUGGAAUUAUGAAGUGACUCUUUAUUUCUGUAUUUUCCGACAAUGUGGAGGGCGCAGGGCACAGAGGUCUUAAUCCUCGCUAUUUACAUGUGUUAAAAAGCAAUCUCUGACGUGCAUGCUGAUCUAGUGAUAUUCGCGCAGGCAUAUUCGCAAUCAAGCAGUGUGCACUUUCAUGUCUUGAAUGAAAAUUAAAAUAAUGAGGGGUACACGAAAACGUGUAUUGGUCAUGCUCGGAACUGUGGCCCAGUUUGAUUCUGCAAAUAUAAGCCUACUUAGCAAUUUCCUUCAAACUUUAUAUGCAGCCUGGCCCCCAACAAUUAAGUUCUGCUUGUCUCGCACCAUGUUGAAAUACGAAACCACCAAGCUUUAACAUCUAGCCGCCAAGCUAAAACGUUUGACUGCACUAGGUAUAUGUAAAUUCAAUACUGCAACCUACACAAUAUCUUAACGAACAUUACUGUCUACAAAUAUCAAUAUUAAAAUGCUUUCAUUAACACUAACCUAAGUCCAGUGAAGGCAAAAACGGAAAACUAAUAAAUCGGAAAGGCCAUAACUUUUGCUUUAAAAAACACCGAGGCCUCGACCCCAAACUACAUGUAUACCCAUUUUAUUUUUAUCACUAGUAAGCGAUAAUUUAAACAAGUAGAACAAAGGAGUGUCAAAUUGUUUUGAUAUCUGCAGUGUCACUUUCGAUUUAUUAGUCAGUUGCAGCAAUGCAAAUCAAUUCAUUUUGCUUGCAUUCGCUGCACUCGGGCAUUGAUCAAACAAGUUUCUGGACCAAGAUGGAGGUUAUGUGGGUGUUGAUUAUUGUGCUUUCAGGACAGGUGCUAGGUAAGCACUUUUUUAAUUGCGCUUACUAAGUACUGAUGCUUUUGAGCUGAGGAACUUUAUUACUUUGUCUACAUGCAUGUGCUGCAACCUAGUAUUAUUUUGCCAUUAUCAGAAAAAAACAAGCAUGAUCUCCAAAGCAAGCCGCACUAUUUGCGCGCACUCUGUGUGACAAAAUACUGGCCCACAAGAUACAUGGCAGCCAUGGAAACCCGUUGGGUUGGGAAUUCUCACCCAAUGGAUGGUGGGAAGCAUAGCACUAUGAUUACAGUAAUCCUUCUGUAAGUCGAUUUGUCUAGUUAAAUAAUUCCAAGAAUUCAGGUCCAUUGAAGUGUUUAUUGCUUUGCACAUAACUGUUUAUUAGCAUGGCUUAUAACAACUGUACAAAAACUCCUUACUUAGUGUUUCAUUUAAUGUAUUACUGAUGUGUUCAGUCUAGAAUGGACCAAAUAUUUUAGCCUAUGCAUUAAGCAAAUUUACAAUAUGUCCCUAGGUACUAAUAAAAACAAUGUACAAAUGUCUGCCCACAAAAGUAGUUUGCUUCCUUUUGAGGGGCAGUAGGAAUAGCAUUAGGUGACCUGAGGUUGCAUAUCGAACAAAGGUAUCAAGCAUAUGCAAAGAUGUGUUUUGAAGGGUCAAAAUCCUUGAUUGUUAUAUUGAAACUUUGUCCAAUGUUAUUCAUGUGCAUACUGUUGUUUGUUUACUGAAUAUUGGAUUCUUUGUAUUACUCAUGACAUUUCUAACUGGAACACACAACUAGAAGUGUAUCUGAUGUCCAUUGGCUCUUAUUGUGUGAAAUCUGUGGAGAUAGACACUGGACAGCAAAAGAAACUAGCCACUCCUGUCAAAAGCCACACACACACACACACACAGCCAUUCAGUAACCAAGU